AUGCAGACUCCCCAGCCCGUUGUCAUCCCCCCAGCCAAGCGGCCAAGAUUGACUCACGCUGCAACAGACAUGCAGCCUGCUGUGGAUGAGGCACGGGCUCCCGACAGGCAUGACGCCGAGGAUGACAACGACUCCAGCAGAGCCAUAGCGAAGGGUCCGAUCACAAGACGGGACGCCCCGAUCACCCGGCGCAAGCGGGCUGAGCAGCGCCGCGACCGCCAAGCCGGCAUCUGCAUCUUCAGGUACACCUGUUGUAUCGUGGGACGCCAACCCUCCACGGUCUCAGUGGAGGCUGAAGGCCGCCUUCAGCAUGCGCACCAGUCCGAAAAGGAGCCCAACAAGAGCCGGAAUAACUCUGUUCUUCCAGCCUUCGGAUGUUUGGAUGUGGCUUGUCUCAUCUUCCAGAGUCUGGAAAGGCCGGCCCGAGCCGUGAAGCUAGCAGUCUCGAAGAUUCGGAAGCAAAUUCAACAGAGCAAAGAUGAGCAAAGUAACGAACAGAUUCGACACUUUGGACACGCCUUCGCACCUCCAAAUGGGAUCAUCUACAUGCCGCGAGAUGUGUCUUUCGCAUCAGAGGCGGCGGUGGCUCAGCUGCUUCUUAGCCUGAAGAGGCUGAAUGUUGCGGCCAAGGCAUGGCCUGUUGGGCCCCGGAAGUUGACAACUUCGGACUUCCUGCGCUCGCUGAAUGUCGCUGGUUUAGAUGUUCAGGAAGCAUCCGUGUCCAGGUUCAUCGAGGCGCUGACCGAUCUGGGCCUGGUCGAGGCAGAAGAGGUAGUCGCCGAUCCCAGGCGGUUCCCGUGGCAGCGAACACUGGUGGCAUUGCGGGAGAUGCGAAGCGACGUAUCGGCAGAGCAUGGGCGAAGAUGUGUGGAGGAGUUGUUGAAUCGAGCCUGGGCACAGCAUGAGUUUGGGGUGGCCGAGAUUGCUGAAGAGGUCUUGGAUUGGCUGCUGCAAAUUAAUGAUGCUCGGCCAGUUGGCAGGUCGCAGGAUCUGUAA